AUGCGGAUCCGUUAUCCUUUUGCAGGAGCUUUCAUUUUCCUCCUCAUAUUGGCUGCCUAUGUCGGUCUCCUCCCACACAGCACCUCGUCUUCAAUUCCCACCCAACUUCAGCCAAAUGACAAGUUCUUGCACCUCAUCACCUUCUUCCUCUUGUCCGUGACCUUCUACUGGAUCUUAGAUACCUCGCGCCGGCGCACCCUUCACUUGACUCUGAUCAUUUGCACACUGGGCCUGGGAGUGGGCUCGGAGAUUGUCCAGGGCUUUUUGCCCAAUGGUCGCGCUUUCGAUCCGUUCGAUGUGCUCGCCAACCUUGUCGGCAGCCUCGGCGCUGUGGGUCUGUGCGGCUGGUACCACCGCCGCAUGUUGGAGCGUCGCCGCCAGAGCCGCUUCGGUAUGAUGGAGGGCGGUGCAGAUGAUGUCGAGCUUGGCGUCGGGGUUGCUGGCCGUGAUUCUCAGGAUGAGGAGGGACUAGGGCCCCAAGAGACCGGUGUCAUGAACCUCGAGCAAGAGGUGGACAAUUGGGAUGAGAACGCCGUCGACAAUUGGGACACAGAAGAUGGGCCCGAGCCAACGCAGCAUCAGGCUUCACCUCCAAGCUAUCAUGAAACGGGUCAAAAUAGCGAAGGUGCAGCCAAACGCAAUGACUAA